AUGGCGUCCAAGGCGCUUCUUCCUCGGGAGUGCCUCCCCCGGCGCAGUCCCCGCGGCGGCUUGGAGCCGAUUACAGUCUACGUCCGCGUCAACGAGGAGGGGAACUAUCACCCGAGGCUAAUGAAUAAAGGUGGGGUUCCGUCACGAGAGAUUUCUAUAGAAAAAGCUCGUUAUUGGCCUGAUGGCAGAAGGAAGAAGCUUUCCAGAUCCUAUACCAUCCAGCAAUUCCAUAAUCGAAUGCGCCGAUUACUUCAAGCUUUGCUGGAGAAGCAUAAUGAGGAUCACAGCCUUUUGGGUGAUCUUGUAUAUAAACUCAAAGAUGUUUUGCACGGCACAGCAAUUUGUGAGGGGCGUACUACAUGCUACUAUCAUCUCAAUUUCACGGUGACUAAAGGAGCUGGUGAUUCUAACUCUGGCAUUGAAAACCUUUUCUUUGCGGAAGUCAAAUGUGUGCUACAAGGAAAAGAAGAGGAAUUGUCGGUCACCUGUUUCUGCCCGAUUGAAUCUACCGAUGAUGGAUACUGCUAUGGUUGUACCAUGCAUAGGGAUGUCAAUAUGAAGCACCCUAUCAGUACCGAUGCAUACCUUGCCGGUCAGGUGAAGGCGGGAUAUUAUUGUUAUGAAGGCUGCAGCAGCGACUCAGACGACGAAAAUAUGGAAGCCAAGAAAGAAAAGGACGUUGCUGAUAAAACGUGUAUGAAGAUGUUGACGCAGCCUCCGACUAUGAGGGCUUUUGACGCCGACAACAUGACUUUUGACGACGCCGACGACUAAGAGGCAGAGGGGCAGGCAAGCCAACAUGGAAGGGGCAAGUGGCUGGGUCCAACAAGUUCAAGACCCAAGCAGUUUUGCUGGCUCUUUACUUCUGUUGGCUUAGUCGAUUGGUUGACUAUCUUGUAAGCUCGGUUGUACUUGUAGUGAUGUUGGCAUGUUGCGCCUGCUUAUACUGUAAAUAAACUGAGGUUUGUUUCUGGAGCAUCAGGGCUCAGGAUCGAUCCUAGAUUUUACACUUUGUGCAUGUACGA